AUGACGGUGGCGACCGACGAUGGCAUACGUGACGACGACGCGGCGGCCGGCGAUGGACAAGAUGAUAGGCGGGCGGUCCUGUUGGACUCUGCCAAGGAGCCCGAGUUCUUGGAUUGGUUAAAGAGGGUUAGAAGGAAAAUCCAUGAGUACCCAGAGUUGGCUUUCCAAGAACACGAGACUGGUCGACUUAUAAUAUCCGAGUUGAAGUCGAUUGGGAUCGACUACUCAUGGCCUGUUGCCAAGACCAGAAUUGUGGCCUCCGUUGGGUCUGCGGUGGAGCCCUGGUUUGGUCUUCGAGCCGACAUGGACGCCCUUCCUAUCCAGGAAAUGGUGGAGUGGGAGCAUAAGAGUAAGAACAAAAGGAAGAUGCAUGCUUGUGGGCACGAUGUUCAUAGAGUGCAGUUGAUAAUGUCCAAUCCGUAUUCGGCUUUACAUGUCGCACCGGAAUUGCCCACUGGAACCAUUGGGUCCAGACCUGGCCCUAUGCUUGCGGGCUCAGCCAGGUUUCAAGUCAAAAUUCAAGGCAAAUCUGGGGAUGCUGCUCAGCCUCAUACGACUACAGAUCCAGUACUUGCUGCAUCAUUUUCUAUCCUUGCACUCCAACAGCUCGUUUCUCGAGAGACUAAUCCUCUUGAGUCCAGGGUGAUCGAGACUCAAGCGACAGUACACAGAUGUACUGCAACAGUAGACUUCCUCGAGGAGAAAAUGAGAGCUUAUCCUGCAACUGUCAAUGAUGAAUCAAUGUACGAACAUGUGAAAAAGUCGGCGAAUCUGUGCUUGGAAAAUCUAAGAUACUAG